GAAAAGAAAAGACAACUUCAGUUUCCUUAACAAAGGAAAGGCGAAACGGUUGACAGAGGGGGUACAAUGGUAAAAGGUACGGACGGGCACAAGAAGAGAAAAGCUUAUAAAGUACAAACCGAUCACACAAACAGGCAAUCGCUUGAUACCUCCCCCACCCAUCUUCACCGCUUCAGACGGAAACUCUCUUCUCUCAAAAAAAAAAAAAUCAAUUUCUUUUUUCCGACAAAAGCAGGGAGAGAUGCCGAAGGAGAGACGUGUAUUGUCUGUGCCAAGCAACAGGACCAGAGUAUCACCGUACCCGCUUCGCUCAUCAAGGACCAAGAAAGAGAAAGAGCCCGAGCUGCCUAUCCAGACAGAAGGCCCAAGCCAAUGGGAAGAUGUCCGGUGUGUGAUCUGUCAGGAACCGCCGCACAAUGCCGUCCUCUUGCGCUGCUCUUCGUCCUCUACCGGAUGCCGCGCUUACAUGUGCGACACGAGUGCUCGUCACUCCAACUGUUUCAAGCAGUACCGCGUUAAAAACAGGAACCGUUUGACCAAGGACUUUAACUGUCCGUACUGCAGAGGAGAGGUUUACGAGACGAUGAAGGUGUCGGGUGCGGUGAGAUAUCUGAAUGCUAAACCGAGGUGCUGCGCUUUCGAGGGCUGUGUCUUCUCGGGGAGUUAUUCGCAGCUUAAGAGUCACCUGAGAGCUGCGCACCCUGGUUUCACCGGACCCGUGGUGGACCAGAGGAGACAUAGGGAGUGGGAGCAGAUGCAGAGAGCUUCUGAGUACACUGAAGUGAUGACUGCAGCUGGUAUUCCACAUAGCCAUGAGGCUGUGGCGCAAUACAGUCUUCCUCCAAAUCCGGUGAUUCGUCUCAGCAUCAAUGGAGUACCGCACGACCGUAUCCCAUUUAAUCUUCCUCCAAAUCCGGUGAUUCGUCUCAGCAUCGAUGGAGUGGAGCAUGCUCAGUUUCUGCACGAUCUUCCUCAUAAUCCGAUGAUUCGUAUUAGUAUCAGUGGAGUGCUGCAUGACCUUUCUUUGGGGGUCAGGUAAAAAGAGCAGCAAACCGGCCCAUGACCAUAAUUCACAGUUGAAGAAAUCCUAAUUUGUUUAGCGAAACCCAAGAUUCUGAAUAUUGUUCAAAGUUUUGAUGUCUCACAGCCUUUUUCUUCAUGUUUCAAUGGCAUCCAUAAUGUUUAAAUCAUCAUAUCAUUCUUUAGGUUUUAUAUAUAUAUAUGUGCAGCGGUUUCAACCUAAAAACAAAGUUGUGUAUACAGAAA